CAUUUUUGGAACACCCUUGUAGAGUCGAAAAAGGCGUCUAGUACGUAGUAGACGAGCUGCUCCGUGGACAUGUCUAAUCUAUGCGAAGUCAAAUCCAUCGAUUUAUCGACGCUGGUCAAUCCAACAUGACAGCGAUGCGACUAGAACUUGUAUUAAGUAAGACGCGACGCUACGUCCAGCUACGUCGUUCCAUUAGUUUCAUAAGGAGAACGAAGACCUAGACACCAAUGCAGUAAACAUGCCGUCGUUGCUGGAAGCGCUGGAGCUGAAGUACGGCAGUUCAACGACCGAGUGCUCCCUCACGGACGAGGAGACGGAGUCCAGCUCGCCGAAGGCCGCCCUCUCCGUCAGCAUAUUCAUCCCGAAGAAGUCGCCACGUCACACUGUCCCAGCCCUGCUGGUGCUCCAAGACUGCGACAUUGAGUCGGCUGGAAACGACGCCGAGAAGUUGCGAAACAAAUGCAAGAAUGUCGAGGAGCUCGACCUGGCCCAGAAUAAGCUCUCCCAGUGGACGGAGGUGUUCGAGAUUCUGCAGCACAUGCCCAAGAUCAAGUUCCUCAACCUGAGCUUCAACUGCCUCGCCGAGGUCCUCGAUGUCAGACACGGGAGCUACGACCACCUGAGGAACCUGGUGCUGAACGGCACACGGGUCUCCUGGUCGACCGUACAGGGUCUGGUGAGGCUGCUACGCAACCUCGAGGAGCUCCAUCUGUCCUUGAACGAGUACAGAACGGUCGAUCUGGAGCACCAGAAGUCCGAGAACGGGAACGACUCGGUGAAGAAGCUUCACUUCACUGGGAAUCCCGUGGAGGUGUGGAACGAGAUCUCCAAGCUUGGCUACGUGUUCCCUAAUCUCGAGAGUCUGGUGUUAGCCGAGUGUCCUCUCAGGUCGCUCGCGUUGGUCGACGACAGGAACUCCAACGACGAGGAGACCACCACGUGCCCCGGCAAGGACCAGGAGAACCUUAGCGAGGACAAUGAAAAUAUGAACAACUUGGAGGCUGACGAAAACGUGGACGAGAAGGGGAACAGGAUAUACGCCGAGGGCAAGGUCAACUAUGACAGGUCCGAGUCGGAAUCGGAAUCCAGCGGGACGAGCGUCAGAUCCUCCCACGAUCCUUUCAGGAAGCUCAGGUUCCUGAACGUUAACGGCACACUGUUGUCAACAUGGGACGACGUGGAGAGGCUGGCCAGGUUCCCCGUACUCAAAUCGCUGAGGAUCCAGGGUUGCCCUCUUUUCGAGAGUCCUCGAGAGUACACUGAACAUGAGAGGCGACAGCUCUUAAUAGCCAGACUUCCAAACGUCGAGACAUUGAAUGGCGGGGGCGUAAUAUCGUCCCAGGAGCGCGAGGACGCCGAGAGGGCCUUCAUCAGAUACUACAUGGACAAACCGGAAGCGGACAGACCGGAAAGGUACUCCGAGCUCGUGGCUAUUCACGGAAAGCUGGAUCCGCUGGUACACGUCGACCUGACGCCCGAGAAGAGGGUCAAGGUCACCUUCACUUACGGAGAUCUCGUCGAAGUACGGUCCGUGGACGUGUACAGGACGGUUUUUGAGCUGAAAACCAAACUGGAAUCUAUGGUGAAGAUCCCAGCCAACAGGAUGAGACUCUUCUACGUCGAUCAGGAAAUGAAGGCGCAGUAUGGGCCAGAAGAGAUGUUGUAUCCGAACAAACAGCUCUAUCGGUACAAUAUUCGAAAUGGAGACGAAAUCAUUAUCGAUAGUAAGUUGAACCGGUGCGCGUCGGCGUCUUCGACCACGUCUUCCAUACGUUCCUGAAGAAGGUUUGCCAGCGAGUCGUCGGACGACGCUAAGCACACCUGAUGACAAUUGUCGGGAUCUGAUCUUCAUUAACGGAUCCACGACCAAGAUCGUUGAUCGCCAACGGAGAGACUCGGGAUUUUUUUACAUACAUACAUAAAUACAUGUGCCGAGUGAAAAUUGUUUUAGCGAUUAUAUAUAUAAUAUAUAUAUAUAUAUUUAUCAUCGAUUCUUCAGGGUUAAGAGACGUGCGACUCGCGUUACGAACCGAGAGAAAGGACACGGUAUCGCGCGGUAAACGAGCGUGCGAUGAAGCUGAGUUUGGAUUUACGUAGAAUUCGAACACAGUACAUAUCUUGAACGAGACGUUCUCCUAUGUAUUCUGUAUCAUAACGUUUUCACGCUAGAAACUUGAGUCGAUACGAUAGCCAGAGAACACGCGAACUCUUCGAAGUUCGUCGAAGAUCCGCGCCAAACGUUAGCGUAGACUAGAGUCCACAUCCUAGCGGGGAAACCGCGAAGUACUUAGUUGAACUAGUAGCUCUAGCUACAAAUUGUUUUCCAAGUAGUAGACGUGGCCUGUUGCUUCAGAACACGGACGUUAUAACGUUAAUUAUUGUACAGAAAAAGAGAAACGGUAGAGUGUCGAUCAUCGUUAACCUUUGGAUGACGAGUAUCAAAAUCAUGUAGGUCGUAACGUAGCAGACGAGUUGAUUUCGAUUGGAAACGAAUCGACGCGUGAAUCAAGAUGGAAACGGAACUUUCGGUCGGAGAGGGACUCACCUAUGUUACGCGGAUACCGAAUAGUGAGAUGUUGACUCCAGUUUGUUGAUCGAUGUUUGAUUAUACUAAAGAGAACUUGACGAAGGGAACGGUGAGAGUUGAGUUUGAUUCGUUGGGGGACUUUUAACUCAGGACAAUGCAACGAGCUCGACGAGACGAGAAAAGAAAAGAAGAGAACGUCGAGGCUGCUGAAGAGAUUGAACUAUUUUUGUAGACCGCAGCCAAUUGUAUCUAAGAAGACGCGGAACAGGUGGAUAAGUGGCUGGGCAUUGAUAAAAGUAUACAUGGUAUACGGCUUUGUUUCGUUUACACGGCAAAACGUAUGCGUGGGGUUAUCAGAAGAUUUGCUAACUGGAUCUGUGAAGAAGGAUAGAUUAAAUUGAGUGUUUAAUAGUUAUCCCUUUUCCUGUAUACUGAUCAGCAAAGUUCCUUACUUUUUCGUGGAUCUUCCCAACAGUGCCAAAUCAGUCCUCCGCGGUGUGUCUUCAUCGCGGGAAAGAUGACGGAAAUCAGAGAUGGCCAAAUUAGGGGAAUAAAGAGGGGGUCAUUUUGCCUAGAAUGAAGGUAUAAGUUCAAAGGGUGAAGAUUUGGUACAGUUGAUGGCAGGAUUAAAACUCAUAAAUGGGACUUACACAGGGCCUUCCAAUAAGGGCACAAUUACUAACCUCUCAAUUAUGAGAAGAAUAGUAGCCACUAAAUAUUUGGAACCUUUUAUGACACCCCCACGUAUACACUAAAUUUGUCCGUUACAUUUGGCAAACGAGGAGGUUCUGCCCUUAUCCUGGACUAGCUCAACCAAUUUGUAAAACCUGAACACGUGUUUUUAUUGAAUAGCAGAGGCGAACAGAAAGUAAAAGAAUAAUCAAUGGUGCAAGUUUUGUCAUGUUUUGUACAUUUGUUAUCCAGCAUAAGGGAGAUGAACUUGUAUGCUUUCAGGACCGUAUAAAAUCGCGAAUCGUGCAUUUUCGUUGAGUACUUAAGGUUCCGAAGUUAUCGACACGCCAUAACAGCGAAUCGAGUACUAUUUAGUAACACGAUAUUUUGCCAAGUUUCUAUACUCUUAGGGGAUAAAUUUACAACCGUCUUUCAACGUGGUAUAUACAGAAACAUAUAUUAUAUUGUUUUCUUUUUUUUUUUGUCUGAGGUUUAUAAAAUGCGCAAAAACGCCAGUGUUCAAUCAUCCAGAGUUGGACUAUUAAUUCAAUCAACAAUGAUCACAAGUGACUAAGAAUUUAUGUAGUCGUUAAUCGUCUUCUGGGAAUAUCUUUUGCCUUGCUUAAACGUGUUCUACGAUAGGCCCAGAAAUACUUGUUCUCCAUACAACUAGCGGUGCCAGUGGUAGGAAGGACAACUAUUUCUAGGUUUAUUGUGCGAUUUACGAAGACACUUGGGGCUUGUAUUCUGCGUGCGUGGAAGUAAAACCUUGAAGAGUCACUUAGUGCCUGUCUUUUACUAACGUAACUCGAAUACUUAUAACACUGCCCUGUAAAUACCAUGAACGUGCGUACUUCCGACAGACUUAGGUUUUGCGAGCGCGAGACAACUUUGUCGACUCUUCACAGGUAAUGCGUCGACCGUAUCCGGACUCUGAGCAUUGGAAUAUUUGGUGAAUUUAACCCAGAUAUGACUGAAGUUCUUUCAGAAGGAUCUCGAAGUUUUCUAGAAUAAAAUCUUUAACAUAUUCGAGAGCAAUAAAUGUUCUAACACUCUCUCCAGUAGCCGCCAUUUUUUGCACUUCUGUGACGACCUCUUGAGAGAAACUUCGCAGAUGAUACACCCGUUGUAUCUUUGGUCUCGAAUAUACGUUAAGUAUAUUGUUAUUUUGUUUUUAUGCUAGAUUUAUUAGGUUAACGUUUCUUGAAGGACUAUUUGGGGAACAUCUUUUCCCAAUUAAUGUUUUAUCAUGAUAGAUCCAGAAAUGGCUGUUCUGACGAUGCGACUAGCAGGGAGGACAACUGUUUUUGGACCCAUUGUACCUAAAUUACUUCUUGAAAUUGUGUUUACACGACAAAAUCUUAUCCGGGUUGAGGUAGAAUUGGUAUUUGUUGAAAAUUGCCUGGUGCAAAAUUUUAUAAAAAAAAAAAAGAAAAAAAAAACUGUCCAAAGCAAAGAACAGUAUCGAUAUUCCAGUGCGAGGAACGUUAAUGUUCGCGAAAGAGUGAGGUGCGCGAUGGAACUGAAGAGAGAUCUCAAAGAUGAGAUUGUGCAACGUGAACAUUGUUAAUGUUGGAUUUCAGGGUUGCCAAUAAAUUGAAAAGCAUAACCCUGAGAUUCUCCUGAGCCCUGUACGUGUCUAGUCCCGGAAAAAGAACUCUGAUUUAUUCUCAUUUUCUAUGAUAACAAUCCUUUAUUGUGCUGGCGCAAACCUGUACGUACUAACGAAAUAAAAUCUUUGUACGAGACGAAGGAAAUGUUUGAGCACGACCACGCAAGAGCUUUGCUGACCUCCAUGUUGUAUUUUUAUUAAUUUAUUUCAUAUUUGAAUUAUACAUUAAUUUGAUUU